AGCCUCCAUGUUAGGUUCACUGAAGGUUAAGCCGGUUCCGUGUCGUCUUCAAUAGUGCUUAGUUUGAUGACAUACCGGCAUCACACAAGAUGUAUUCAACUAGUGUGCAAUUUUUACAUCGCACCAUAUUUAGUGGUCACACUGUUUCUCCUGUCAUAUCGCGGUACUCUCAAUGCAGUAAGUAUGGGCGACAAUUUUUUCAGUGUCAAAGAAAUAUCACAAAACAAUGGACAAAGCUUCACAACAGAUCAGGACCAAAUAAAAUCUGGUGUCAACAGUCUUCACCAAAGUCACAGAGAACAAUUUCCAUUGGACACAGAACUUUUUCUAUAAGUACUUCAGUAACUAGGAAGUUACUUAAUAUCAAUGAAAAACAUGUGAAUUGCUUAAUAGGAUUAGUCAGCCUCGGAGGCUAUGUGACCUGGACUCUAAACAGUACCAAAGUUUACUGUAAAAUAAAGAAUCAGAAGUCAAGAUUGGUCGGGUCUAGGAAUAUAGACAAGUCAAGCCAACAGCCAGAAUUUGAUUGGAAGACAUUUUUCCGGUUAUUACGACCAGACUUAUUGUAUCUUAUUUCAGCAGUUGUAUGUGCUGUUGCUGCAGCAAUUGUUAAUAUCCAGAUUCCUUUGGUGCUGGGAGAGAUUGUCAACAUUGUCUCCUCCUUCACACAAGAUGUGGCCAGGGAUUUUAUACAGGAAAUCCGUCAGCCAGCAAUCAAAAUGAUAGGUUAUUAUGCUGUACAGAGUGUCCUGACUUGUGCCUACCUUUCCUUACUGUCCACUGUGGGAGAGAACAUGGCAGCCAGAAUGAGAACAUGCCUUUUUGAUUCCCUUCUCAGACAAGAUAUAGAGUUUUUUGACAAACACAAAACAGGAGAGCUGGUUGAUAGGUUAACAUCUGACAUUCAAGACUUUAAGAGUUCAUUCAAGCUUUGUAUAUCUCAGGGUCUAAAAGCCAGCACACAGGCAGUUGGAUGUGUGGGCUCGAUGUUUGUUAUCUCACCAAAACUGACAGUUGCCAUGGUGACUAUCCUGCCCGCCAUUGUAGGUAUUGGUACUCUGAUGGGAUCUGGCCUGAGGUCAUUGUCAAGGUCAGCCCAGGAACAGUUGGCAAAAUCGACAGCAUUGGCAGAUGAAGCCAUUGGUAAUGUGCGAACUGUUCGUGCCUUUGCUAUGGAAGAUAAAGAAAACGAGUUGUACUCAAAGGAAGUGGAGAAUGCACGACUCCUCAACAUAAAACUUGGAUUUGGUAUUGGAUCAUUCCAGGGACUAGCUAACUUUGCACUGAAUGGUAUUGUACUAGGCACCUUAUUUACCGGUGGAUGGCUAAUGUCCCGACAGGAAAUCACCGCGGGUAAUCUGAUGUCAUUCCUGGUGGCUUCACAAACUAUUGAAAGGUCACUUGCCCAGAUGUCACUGCUGUUUGGAAAUGUUGUACGUGGCAUGAGUGCUGGGGCAAGAGUAUUUGAGUUUAUCAACUCUGUACCAUCCAUACCAUUAAAAGGUGGCAAGAAGAUUGCCUUUCACACCCUCAUGGGGAAUGUAGAAUUUCAAGAUGUCAGUUUCUCCUAUCCUACUCGAAGUGAACAGACUGUCCUGAAGGAUUUCAAUCUGAAGAUAAGGUCUGGAGCAGUAGUGGCCCUUGUUGGACUCUCUGGAGGAGGCAAGUCCACAGUGGCUGUAUUGUUGGAGCGUUUCUAUGACAUCCAGAAAGGGAAGAUAACUAUUGAUGGAUACGACCUGAAGGAUCUGGACCCAACUUGGCUCAGAGGCAGGGCCCUGGGAUAUAUCAACCAAGAGCCUGUUCUGUUUGCAACCUCAAUCAUGGAGAACAUCCGAUAUGGAAUGCCAGAAGCUUCUGAUGUUGAGGUGAUAGAGGCUGCCACAUUGGCCAAUGCCCACGAUUUCAUCACCAAGUUCCCUGACGGGUAUAACACAGUAUUGGGGGAGAGGGGUGUAACGGUGUCUGGGGGACAGAAACAGAGGAUAGCUAUCGCACGUGCUCUCAUCAAAAACCCUUCCAUCCUCAUCCUGGAUGAGGCUACCAGUGCACUGGAUGCCGAGUCAGAGAGGAUUGUCCAGGAGGCUCUAGAUAAAGUAAUUAAAGGUCGGACCACUCUAGUCAUAGCUCAUCGUCUAAGUACCAUCCGAGAUGCUGAUGUGAUAGCUGUUGUAUCCGGUGGGAAAAUUGUGGAGAUGGGAGACCACAAGAGUCUUAAGAAGAAGAAAGGUUUGUACUGGGAACUGAUACGCCAACAAGAAAUUGAAGAGGAGAUCAACGAGUUUCAGAAUUAAGCUUGCUUUCUUGAUGGAGUUUGAAGGAUACUUUUCUUGAUCAGAAGGACAGAAAUUCUCUACAUAUCCAAUAUCUUUUGUACACAAAGUGAUGCAAAUUAUAUAUAGGUCCAAAAUUGAUAUUGAUAAUCUGAUUUUGAUCACAAUUUCUCUGAUCAUAUCAGGAAGAAAAAACAACAUCUUCCUGAUUUUGUGAUUAGGUUGAUUAUGGUGAUAUACUGUAGUGGGGCGUUACACGGACUGAUGAGUGUAUGUCAGUGUGGACUAUACAUACACGGACUGGUGAGUGUAUGUCUGUGUGGACUAUACAUACACGGACUGGUGAGUGUAUGUCAGUGUGGACUAUACAUACACGGACUGGUGAGUGUAUGUCUGUGUGGACUAUACAUACACGGACUGGAGAGUGUAUGUCAGUGUGGACUAUACAUACACGGACUGGUGAGUGUAUGUCUGUGUGGACUAUACAUACACGGACUGGUGAGUGUAUGUCUGUGUGGACUAUACAUACACAGACUGAUGAGUGUAUGUCAGUGUGGACUAUACAUACACGGACUGGUGAGUGUAUGUCUGUGUGGACUAUACAUACAAGGACUGAUGAGUGUAUGUCAGUGUGGACUAUACAUACACGGACUGGUGAGUGUAUGUCUGUGUGGACUAUACAUACACAGACUGGUGAGUGUAUGUCAGUGUGAACUAUACAUACACGGACUGGUGAGUGUAUGUCAGUGUGGACUAUACAUACACAGACUGAUGAGUGUAUGUCAGUGUGGGCUAUACAUACAAAGAAUCUAUUAUAGUUGUCAUUACACAGGCUGAUGAGUGUAUGUCAGUGUGGGCUUUACAUACAAAAAAUCUACUAUAGUUGACGUUACACAGACUGAUGAGUGUAUGUCAGUGUGGGCUUUACAUACAAAAAAUCUACUAUAGUUGACGUUACACAGACUGAUGAGUGUAUGUCGGUGUGGACUAUACAUACCCAGACUGAUGAGUGUAUGUCGGUGUGGGCUAUAUAUACAAAAAAUCUACUAUAGUUGACGUUACACAGACUGAUGAGUGUAUGUCGGUGUGGGCUAUAUAUACAAAAAAUCUACUAUAGUUGACGUUACACAGACUGAUGAGUGUAUGUCGGUGUGGGCUAUACAUACAAAAAAUCUACUAUAGUUGACGUUACACAGACUGAUGAGUGUAUGUCGGUGUGGGCUAUACAUACAAAAAAUCUACUAUAGUUGACGUUACACAGACUGAUGAGUGUAUGUCGGUGUGGACUAUACAUACACAGACUGAUGAGUGUAUGUCGGUGUGGGCUAUAUAUACAAAAAAUCUACUAUAGUUGACGUUACACAGACUGAUGAGUGUAUGUCGGUGUGGGCUAUAUAUACAAAAAAUCUACUAUAGUUGACGUUACACAGACUGAUGAGUGUAUGUCGGUGUGGGCUAUACAUACAAAAAAUCUACUAUAGUUGACGUUACACAGACUGAUGAGUGUAUGUCGGUGUGGGCUAUACAUACAAAGAAUCUACUAUAGUUGACGUUACACAGACUGAUGAGUGUAUGUCGGUGUGGGCUAUACAUACAAAAAAUCUACUAUAGUUGACGUUACACAGACUGAUGAGUGUAUGUCGGUGUGGGCUAUACAUACAAAAAAUCUACUAUAGUUGACGUUACACAGACUGAUGAGUGUAUGUCGGUGUGGGCUAUACAUACAAAAAAUCUACUAUAGUUGACGUUACACAGACUGAUGAGUGUAUGUCGGUGUGGGCUAUACAUACAAAAAAUCUACUAUAGUUGACGUUACACAGACUGAUGAGUGUAUGUCGGUGUGGGCUAUACAUACAAAAAAUCUACUAUAGUUGACGUUACACAGACUGAUGAGUGUAUGUCGGUGUGGACUAUACAUACAAAAAAUCUACUAUAGUUGACGUUACACAGACUGAUGAGUGUACCGCCGGUAUGUCGGUGUGGACUAUACAUACAAAAAAUCUAGUGUGUAUUUAAAUCUAACAAAUAUUUAAGACGUAUGCUUGAUUUAUUUUUUGUUUUAUAUGAGAGGAAUUAAAAUAUUGUGUGAUUUCA